AUGUUCCGACACCUGCGGCUGACCUACAACGUAAAGUGUAGUGCAAGUAUCGGAGCGGCUAAGCGAGAGUACAUGGGGCUCUUCCUCGACGGAGAUGACUCCAUGAUUGUGCAUAUCAAGACGACAAGACAUGUCCUUGAUGAGCUGCAAGAGCAGCACGUGACUGUCUCUGAUAAAGAGAAGAGACAAAAAUGCAUGCAGAGCCUGGGCCCUACUUGGAAUGGCUUCGUUGGGGUUUUCAAGGCGUCCGUGACGCUCGAGGCAACGCUGCAACGAUGUCAUGCUGAGGUGAUUCGUCGCGAACAGCAGAGCGGUCGACAGUCGACCAUCAAAGAAGAAGCGUGA